AUGAGGUCGCCUGCGAGCCGAAAGAGAGACACGUUACGCCUCAGGUCUCCCACGUUCAGGGCUCCGCCCAGCGUGACGACGCCGCUUCAAUCGCCUACGCCCUCCAAGGGGAGCAAGAAGGACUGGACACCGCCCAAGCCUACUUUCUCCUCAUACAAGCCGUUGGCAGCACAACUCAAUCUUGACGACAGUCUGCCAAGAACGCCAUCUUCUUCCUUUUUUGAGGACGAGGGCGCGACUGUCUCGAGAUUUUCGCCAUGGUCUACCCCGUCGUCGGCCAGCUCGACGGCCAAGACAGGUCGGCCAAGCACAAGCCUAGGCACGUUCUCUCCCGAUCUCUCUUCCUUUUCAAGCCUGAGCCUUGGCUAUUCGGUCAGUUCGGAAAGCGAUGGAUCCACUUUGGACCGAGAUUCAGCCAACGUCGACGCCACAGGGUCUCCAAAAUGUUCAGACUUUAAUAACGAGAGCUUCAAGCGUCAAACGGACGGCAGUCACUAUCGCAUCGGCGGGCAUUACCAUAGCCGAACCUCUUGCAAGAAAGUCUUCAGCAGCGCUUUUGACGAAUGGGAUGUCGACGACGAGAAGGAAAGAGAGGGCCGUGAAGAGCUCGUCGAAAUGCAGCGGGAGGUGCACCCCUGGCACUCACCCCUGCGUCGAAUGCUCCGUUCUCCACAUGCAUCUUCUAUCUCAAGCUCGUUACCUCGGCAUCACCGAACGAGAUCCGACCUGGACGUCGCUAUCUCGUCGCCGACAAAUGCCCGUCAUUCCAAGAAAUGGUCUCCUUCGUCGGCUCGCAAGCCGAGUGCGAGCGACUGCUUCGACUUGAGCCUCUUGUCGACCGUCCCGCUCAUGCAAGACUGUGUCCCUGUCUUCAAAGACUAUCGCCGUGCAGACACGCAGCCGAACAGCUUUGAUUCGCUUCCUUCGAGCCUUGUCACGCACCAUCGCUCUCCGAGCUCAGCCACGGGAGGAAACCAGCCAGACAAGCAACGUGCACUUCAGUAUGCUAACCUGCCUAGCGGCUGGACUAAAGAGCCCUUCACGCCCAACUCAUCCAGCAGCAGCCUUUCGCCCUGCCCACCCCGUCUGCUGUUCCGUGACGUCGAGCAUCAGCAGAAAAGCGGACCACCACCUCGACCACCGCGACCUCCAUCUCUCGACCUGAGCCAGUGUCUCAGUCCGAAUACGCCUCGACCAGCCACUUCGUUGGCACGGCAACAGCAAGAGCAGUGUCGAGACCAAGAGCUUGGCAUUCAGCAGCGUCAGCACGAACAGCAGCCACCGACCGUGAAAUUUUGCACACGUCGACCAAGGCGCCCAUUGCCACGCCCUUUGCCUCCCCGUCGGCCAGCGCCGCAGGGGGGAUUGCCCAUGAAUCCGACUGAUGCGCUCGAGCUGGCCAUUGAAACGUUUCUCAGUACGCCAUCCUCGUCGUCUUCGGGCUCAUCAAGCGGCUCUGGAUCCUCGUCGCCCUCACUGUUCUCGUCUACAUCGAUGGCGUCGUCAGAAACAUCUCUGCAGAGCUGGCCCUCUUCCUCCUCGCUGCACAGGCACCCCAACACAUCCAGGAACCACUUGCAACCACCCAUGACGUCCUCUUCCGCGUCCUCUUUCUCCUCCACCUCGUCUUCUUCCUCGACGACGAUCACGCCGAGCGCCCUCAAUGCACAGAAGACAAAGGGCUUAAUGGUCGCGCUCGGCAUGCAGACACCCAGCCCUCUGCCGAGCCCAAAUAUCGCUGCCUCCUGCGCCGCUCCGCGCCUCUGA